CUUUCGACAAUACCAGGAAGAAACAGUUAGAAAACUAACAUUUUCAUGCUCUGACAAUUCCGUAUACUAUAAAAAAGUGAACGAUUCCGAAUAUUCAUUCUUUGAAAACAGAGGAUCAAUGGCAUGCCUGUCCACAUCACAGUUUUUCAUGACCACAACAGCAGGAUGCCAAAAAGAUGGAUUUGUUUUUGGUUUUUCAAUAGGAAAACUUCCUGUGAUAUUUGCUGAAUUCUGCUUCGAUUUGCUUCAAAUGAAGACCAUAUUCGUGCACUAUGUGGCAACGGCACGUGUUCCUUAUUUGGAAAAACAACUGGCUUUGAAUCCUGGCAAUAUAACCGGUUCAGCUGUUUUCCUUGACAGCAAUUACAUCGAAGAGGAGAAACGUUCUAUCCAGACAACAGUGUCAGAUGCCAUGCGACCUUAUGCUCCCUCAGCAGAAUUCCAGCUGGACGAACUAAUCCCGCUGGCAACAUCCUUAGGGAUUUUCGGACGCUACGCCAAAGACUUCCGUACUACAAACAUGAUUGCCUGGUGGAAGCCUUUGAAGUUUGGAAACUGGAAGCUAGUGGAAGCAGCGAUUGAAAAAAUUUCAGCUAACUCAGUUUAUGACAUUUAUGCUGGUACAGCAGGAAGAGUUGUCUACCCAAACAACGACAAUUGUAUGUCUACCGAGGAGUUAACCUAUAAAGUUGAUGACUACCAACGCAAUGUUCCUUUGUACGUGUGGAAUUAUGUCAGCGAAAGAGACAAUGAGGACCCAGGAGUCGUGAUAAUUGGAGUCAAUUCACCUUUCUUCGAAGCAGAGAAAGGAAUUGGGGAUAUCUGUAAGGAUAUUUGUGAUGGCAUUGAAUGGUUCAAGGCUGUGAAUAGGUUCCGCAAAAUGGCUGCUAUGGGCUAUAUAUUUUGUUGCAGACCAGAAGAAGUUAGGGAGACGCUGGCUAAUUUCCCACAAUUUUAGAAGAAAAUUCUUCUUGUCUUUGUUUCAUUGAAGAGAAUAUUUAAGAAUAUUGUUGGGAAUUGUUGCAAUAUGUAUAUGAGGUAUACAAUGCGAAUUGGAUAAUUUUAUAACACUUCCUGUAAGAUUUUGUUACAAACUAAAGAUAUAUAUAUUGAUCA